CUAGCAACUGCCUUUCGUUUCUGUUCUUUGACAUAACUCUUAGCACUAGCCCUCCAAUCCGACCAACGCCAGCACAACCAACCGUCUCUGAUUCUGUCUGAGAAACUCAGCCAUGGCUGCUUCAACUCUCUCUUCCCCAGCUCCUUCUCAGCUGUUUUCGAGUAAGAAUGGUAUGUUCUGUGCAUCACCAUCACAAGCACUGAUGGUGAAGCCAACAAAGACAUUCAUGGUGGGGAAGGACAAGGGAGGGAAGAUUACAUGCCAAGCCACUAGCAUACCGGCGGACCGGGUGCCGGACAUGGGAAAGAGGGAGCUGAUGAAUUUGCUCUUGUUGGGUGCUCUCUCUCUCCCCACUGCUGGCAUGUUGGUCCCUUAUGCCACCUUCUUGGCUCCACCUGGAAGGAAAGGUGCUGGUGGUGGUACUGUGGCAAAGGACGCGAUUGGAAAUGAUGUCAUUGCUGCCGAAUGGCUCAAAAUCCACGGUCCUGGUGACAGAACACUAACUCAAGGAUUGAAGGGGGACCCGACCUACCUCGUCGUGGAAAGUGACAGAACACUGGCGACAUACGGCAUCAAUGCAGUGUGCACGCAUCUCGGUUGUGUUGUGCCGUGGAAUGCGGCUGAGAAAAAGUUCAUCUGUCCUUGCCACGGUUCUCAGUAUAACAACCAAGGGAGGGUUGUUCGAGGACCGGCCCCUCUGUCACUGGCCUUGGCUCAUGCAGAUCUUGAUGAGGGAAAGGUAGUUUUUGUCCCAUGGGUUGAGACUGACUUCAGAACUGGUGAAGCACCAUGGUGGGCAUAGAGCCACUUCAGCUAUAGCAGUUCCAGUUUAUACUUUGUCUUUCAGGCAUUUUCGCUUCAUUCAGCAAGAAGAUCAUUGGAUGAAUCGAUU